GAAGAAUAUGUGGUAAUAGAAGAAUAUCUGUAUAGAAGAAUAUCUAAGCUGUUCUUUGACUAUCUGUUAAAUGUUAUUUCAAAAUAUGAUCUGUUCAGAAUCUAUUCCUUUGAAUACAGGUGCCUGGAGAAGAAAACUGAGUGUAGAGUCUUCUAGGAACAGCAUAGGACUAAAUUCUAUGCAAACAUUGUAUCUUGUUUGGAAUGUUCCUUUGUUUUUUUUUGGUCAUCUAGUCCCUUCAGGAAAUCUAAACUGGUAUUUGCUAUUAUUGUUACUAAACAUAGUCAAUAUAGUGUUUUCUCUUAUCUUACAGAAGGCCAGACUAUCUAUCUAAAGUAUUUGCUAUAUGAACAUCAUGCAUUCUUCAAGCAAUUGUAUUACCCUACACCAAAGCUUUAUGAUACAUUUCCCAUCAGGAAAAGUUGGUACCUCGCUACAUAAACGAUAUGGCCAAAAGUAUGUGGACAUUGAGCAUGAUGUGUGGGUAUUGUAGUCCAAGGAGUCCACGUUUGUAGUUCGUUGUGCAUUCUGGGAUAUGGAGUUUGACACAGAUUCCGGCAUAGACAUGACACACAUGUUUUCCUCAGGUCUGCAUGCAUUCCUUCUGGGUCCUCUGGUUUCCUCUCAACUCCCAAAAACAAUGCUAUGUGGAUUGGCUACACUGAAUUUUACUUAAGUAUGAAUAAGUGUGUGAAAUGUAUGUGCAUGCUGCUCGGUUAUGGCAUCCCAUCCAGGGUGUAUUCCUGUUAAUAUCUUACUGAAAAUAAACAAAAAUAAAAAUACAUUAAUAUCUUUAAUAUUGAUUAUUUUUAUUUAGGCACUGCACUUUUAGCACAGGAGUAAUGUGUGUCUCUCAUUACUGGCUUCAUCAUAUUUCAGAGGAGAAGGACAAUUGUAAGACUACCCUCAUUUUAUGUUGGAUGGAUGCUCCUUAGAAUUUACAGUAAAUAUGCCUUGUGAUUAUCAUGACAACAAACCUCAUGCUGCACUCAUACUUUUUCUUUCCUUAGACGAGUUUAGUAAACACACAUACACACACCCACAAGCUGUAUCUUCUCAGGUUUAAACCUGUUAUUCUCCACAGUACAAGACAUCAUUUAAGCAUUCACAUAAUAUUGCUACAAGGAUCAGAAUAAAGAAGAAGAUAUUACAAUGAAGAAAAUGCUUAUACAAGUGUUUGGCUUCUUGAUAUCCACUAUUGGUUGGUUUUUAGUGUCCUGCACGGUGGGAAUGGACUAUUGGAGAAUUAGCUACAUAGGUGGACAAGGAGGCUCCUGGAUCAUUAAGGCUGCAUGGUACUGGUCCACCCUUUGGAGAGAAUGCUAUAUAGAUUCCAGCAAUGUGGCCAACUGCAGGGAUUAUGACACCAUGUGGGUUGUGAGGCCUGCAUCUAGGACAGAACAGGGACCAAUACAGGCCGUGCGGGCUUUGUUAAUUGUUGGGAUGUUUCUGGGACUUUUCGCCGCCAUAUUUAGCUUUAUUGGGAUGGACUGCACAUAUAUUGGUGGACGGGAGAAAUCCAAGUACAAAAUAUUAAUACUAGGAACUGUUCUUCAUUUUGCUGGAGGUGUGACUUGCCUUGCUGCUUAUUGCUUAUACACAAGCAGACUGGGCACAGUAGUAUUUACACGCAUGCAUGAUGCACGCCUCCUAAGGUAUUACAUAGGUCUUCCAGUAUUCUUUGGUUUGGUAGGCAGUCCUUGCAUAAUCCUGGGCUCUGUUCUGUAUGCUGUGACUCUCUACAGCGUCCUCACAGCAAAUAGAAAGACAGAUGUUUAUGCUUCAAGAAAAUACAUGGCUCCUAAGAUAUACAAGGCACAGAAGAAAGGUCGAACAUCACACAACAGAGACGAUGCAUCUAGGUCCUCCAGCAAAUCGAGUAGCCAAGUGUCGAGAACUUCUUUAAUUCUAGCUGACAGAGAUUCUUUUGUUUGAAUGUUGAAGCAUGGACAAUAUUUUCAACACUGCAAAUAUAAUGUUUUUUUGUCAUUAGAGGUGGAAAGUAACAACCUAUAAAUACUCUUGUUACAGUACUUAUGUAAAAAGGUUAUUAUAUAAAAAGUCUUCACCCCUGUUAAAAUUUCAAGUUUUUUAUUAUGUAAAAAUUAAACCAAAAUUAAAUCGUUAGAUUAUGUCAUAUGUCAUAUUCCAGCCAACACAAUUCAAGUAAAAAUCAAAUAGAAAUAUACACCUGCCAUCAAUUAAUUGAUUCUGAUUCCCCAAAUAAAGAUUUCAGUAGGAUUUUCUUGACAACAUCUUGGUUUCAUCUGACUGCUGAAGCCAUGAUCCACAAAGAGUUUGCAAUGUAUGGAAUCUCAUUGUUGAAAGGUAUCACACAGGAGAGGGGUACAAAAACAUUAGAUGUACCGUGGAACACCAUGAAGGCCAUUAUCAACAAGCGGAGAAAAUGGAACACCACAGUGACAUCACCAAGAACCUCCAAAAUUGACAAAAGGACAAGACAACAAUCUU